CAACUUUCUGCACACUCCGCGGAGCGAGGUGACUCCGGCGCUCGUCUCAAUGGCGCCUUUCUUGAGGAUUGCCUUCAACGCCUAUGACCUGGGCGUCCUUCCCCCCUUGGCCGAUCCCCCCUUCUGUGCUAUCAAGAUGAAGGAGGCUCUGACUACCGUGCGUGGUAAAACCUUGGUUCAACGAAAGCCCACCAUGUUCCCCGCCUGGACGUCUAGUUUUGAUGCCCACAUCUACGAGGGCCGCGUACUACAGGUGCUGCUGAUGAAGACUGCUGAAGAGGCCCUGGCAGAGGUCACCGUUGGUGUGUCUAACCUUGCCGAACGCUGCAAGAAAACCAAUGGACGUGGUGAAUUCUGGAUUGAUCUCCAGCCCUCUGGCAGAGUGCUGAUGGCGGCACAGUACUUCUUGGAAGGAGCUGAUACAGAAAAUAAGCAGGCUGUGAAGGAGGGAGAAGCCCCUACCCUGAACCGAAGACGAGGGGCUAUCAAACAGGCCAAGAUACACUUCAUAAAGAAUCAUGAGUUCAUUGCCACCUUCUUCAGGCAGCCCACCUUCUGCUCCGUCUGCAGGGACUUUGUCUGGGGUCUCAACAAGCAAGGCUACAAAUGCAGACAAUGCAACGCGGCCAUCCACAAGAAGUGCAUUGACAAAAUCAUUGGCAGAUGCACCGGCACGGCUGCCAACAGCCGUGACACUGUGUUCCAGAAGGAGCGCUUCAAGAUCGACAUGCCGCACCGUUUCAAGAUCAACAACUACAUGAGCCCGACCUUCUGCGACCACUGCGGCAGCCUGCUGUGGGGUCUGGUCAAACAGGGCCUGAAGUGUGAAGAUUGUGCCAUGAAUGUCCAUCACAAGUGUCAGGACAAGGUGGCCAACCUGUGUGGAAUCAACCAGAAACUACUGGCUGAGGCACUGACACAAGUCACCCAGAAGUCAUCCACCCGCCGCUCAGACCCAAACUUGCCCAACAUGCCUGAUAUUGGCGUCUACAAUGAGGUGAACCAGAACCCUAAUCUGGAGGUUAAUGAUAGCGGCCAUUACGGCAGGCUAUGGGAGGGUUCCAGCCCGCGGCCUGUGUCCCGUCUCACCCAUCUGACCCGCAUCAACGUGGACAACUUCAUCUUCCACAAAGUCCUGGGGAAGGGCAGCUUUGGCAAGGUCCUGCUGGCGGAGCUGAAAGGCCGUGGGGAGUAUUUCGCGGUGAAGGCUCUGAAGAAAGACGUGGUGCUGAUGGAUGACGACGUGGAGUGCACGAUGGUGGAGAAGAGAGUCUUGGCCCUGGCUUGGGAAAACCCCUUCCUGACGCACCUCUACUCCACCUUCCAAACCAAGGAGCACCUGUUCUUCGUGAUGGAGUACCUGAACGGAGGAGAUCUGAUGUUUCAUAUCCAGGAGAAAGGACGUUUCGACCUCGGCAGAGUCACGUUCUACUCGGCCGAGAUCAUUUGUGGUCUUCAGUUCUUGCAUUCGAAAGGGAUCAUCUACAGAGAUCUGAAGUUAGACAAUGUGAUGCUGGAUCACGAGGGACACAUAAAGAUAGCGGAUUUUGGCAUGUGCAAGGAGAACGUGUUCGGAGAGAACCGGGCCACUACUUUCUGUGGUACUCCUGACUACAUCGCUCCAGAGAUCCUGCUCGGCCAGAAGUAUUCGUUCUCGGUCGACUGGUGGUCGUUCGGAGUGCUGCUGUACGAGAUGCUCAUCGGACAGUCGCCGUUCCAUGGGGAUGAUGAAGAUGAGUUGUUCGAGUCCAUCCGCAUGGAUACUCCUCACUACCCUCGCUGGAUCACCAAGGAGGCCAAGGACCUGAUGGAGAAGUUGUUUGAGAGAGAUCCCACUCGCAGGCUAGGCAUUGUGGGUAAUAUUUGCUUACACCCUUUCUUCAAGACCACUAACUGGCCAGCCUUGGAGAGGAGGGAUGUAGAACCCCCCUUCAAACCUAAAGUGAAAGCACCCAACGACUGCAGCAACUUUGACCGGGAAUUUCUCAGUGAGAAGCCUCGUCUCUCCCACAGCGAGAAGAACUUCAUAGAUUCCAUGGACCAGUCAGCGUUUGCUGGUUUUUCAUUUAUCAACCCCAAAAUGGAGCACCUCCUCGAAAAGUAA